AGGAGGGGAGCCGACAGGGAGCGACAAUCCAAUCCGGUUCCAGCUAGUUUCUGUUUCGGUGUAACGUUAGCGCGCGCUCGGGCUGCGCCGCGAACCGCAGUUUGAUUCUAUCCCACUUCCCAGGAUCGCGAGCGGGAGCAUCGUGUGCGGCUUUACUGCAAAAAAAAAAAAAAAAAAAGAGAGCGAGAGAAGCGAAGGAAACAUGCCGAAGAGGAACAAAGCAGCCAGUGAGACGGAAGCCCAUGAGCCCAAGAGGAGAUCUGAGAGGUUGAUAAAUAAACCCGCGACUCCGACGUCGGAGCCGAAGCCAAAGAAGGCGGCUGAGAAGCCCAAGAAGACGAAGGAGGUGGAGAAAGCCAAGCCGGAGGAGGAGAAGAAGGACGAGGCUCCGGCGGAGAACGGAGAGGCCAAGGCUGAUGAGGCACCAGCUGCAGAGGAAGCUGAACAGAACAAGGAGGCGGCAGAAUAGCCGCAGCGCGUCCCUUUCCUCCGGCGCUCUCUGUACCUCCUUUCUCAUACAAUUCAGGGCGACAUUUUUACUCAGUAUUUUCUAAAUGCAGCUUUUUAGUAGUUUUGAUUGCAGAGACACAUUUUUUUUAAAUAAAAACAAUAAUGUUACAUUUCCAGAGGGACUCCACCACAUGGCACAUUUUGAUACGUCUGUAAAAAUGGCUGUUGUAAAUGUAAUCGGUUAUUUGGGUGGAGGGGUGGGUGGCCUGAAAAUUACAUUCCAUAUUGGGUAUGCGGGACCGUGUACAUAUCCUUCAUCGAACGAGUGUGAGGAGAAAUUGCUCAAGAGUUAAUGCAUUGUUUUAAAGUUUAUACUGAUUUAAAAAAGAAAAAA